AUGUCCAUCGAUGGCCUGGUCAAAUUCAUGGACACCUGGGGUUUCAUUGGCAUGGACUAUGACUGGGAAUACCCGGGGGCUGAAGACAGAGGUGGCGGCGCAGACGACACUGCCAACUUCGUCCUUCUCUGCCAGGACAUGAAGCAGGCGUUUGGCACAAAAUACGGAUAUUCAAUCACUCUUCCGGCGUCCUACUGGUAUCUUCGGUAUUUUGACAUUGCAGUAAUGUAG